UACUUUACAGUGUGGUUAGUGCAACAACAGUAUAAAGAGUGUACCGCGUGUUCAUGUUUUGGCGCCAAUAUUUUUUAUCUUUAAUGAAGUGUGUAUCUAUAUGGGUUGUCAAUUGAAUAGCGAAUCAAGGAUGUAAUUCGUGUUUUUUUUUAUACUCAGGUUGAGUAAACAUCUAGGUUUACAGGGAAGUAGCGGUAUAAAAGGCUUGUUAUGAAUGUGUCACACCGACCGGGAAGUAUGGUGAGAACAGUAGUAGAAUAGUUGUGGUUCCAGAAUAGGCCUACCUAUGCAGUUACGCAUUCUUACAAUGGCAGAACAACAACUAGCCUGAUUGUUUGGGCGAUCUUUGCUCUACUUGUUUACGACUUUUUGACCCUUUGAUUGAGUAAAGAAAUCAUGAAUGGUGAUUAUAUAAAAGACGGAGUAUGUAGUGACUCUCUCAACUGGGAGAUGAACGCGUUAGAUGAUCUUUAUGAAACACAUCGAUAUACUCUGAUUAAAUCUAUUAAUUAUGAAUCGUUCCUUCCACAACUCAGAUCUAGACGCAUAUUCUCGGAAAAUGACGAAGAAGAAAUCAAGAAUCAUUAUAUUUAUAAAACAAAAUUUCAAAGAAAUGGAGCUUUUAUAGAUACACUCAAGACAAAAGGUCAACCUGGUUUGAAAGCAUUUAAAGAUUUGUUAGCGUGGGAAUAUCCUCACGUAUUUACCGCUGUUUUUAUUGACGAGACUCCAACACCUCGACCGGAAGGUUAUAAAAGUCAUGAAACAAGUAGAAUUUCGUGUAAUUGGAAUGAAUUGUUUUUACAUGGACAACAUCUUAAUCAGAUACGAGUUGAACACAACGACAUGAUACGACAGAUUGAUGAACUACAAGAACUUCUACAAUUCGCUCAAAAUGAGAAGAAAGAACUUGAGAAUGAGAUUCAGAGAUUACGAGAAUUUGAGAUCCAUAACAGACAACUUCGAGAAAAUAUCAAGGAGAUUGAAAAGGACAACAGACUUGUGAAGGAAGAGAACCGUGAUUUUAUGAGAAGGAAUAUUCAUUUACGAGAUGACAACGAUCAACAAUCCCACAAGAUCUCAUCUCUACUACAUAAAGUGGAUGAUUUAGAGAGACAGUUAGAUUGUAAUAAAGCAGAUUUAGACAGAUUGAAUGAAUGUCAGAAUGAAUGGAAAGAAAAUUUUGAGCAAGAAAGAAGAAUAUCACAGAGACUACAUCGACAGUGUAAUGAUUUACGAACAGUACGAACACGACCUGUUAAUUUACCUAAUAAGCAUGAAUCAAGUGAUAAACAUCUACACACCAAAAUAGAGAUUUUAAUGGCUGACUUGGAGGCAGAGAGAGAAAAUAAUCGUACAUUAGUAAUUGAACUAGAAGAAGCAAGGAAUGAAAAUUAUGCAGACAAAGAUACUAUUAAUAGACUGAUGACUGAUGUUUUCAAACUAAAGAAAGACGCCGAGAAAAAUGCUCUUUGGCAGAAUAAAGCAGAAAAAAACAAUGAAGAAUAUUUCAAAAAGAUACAACAGUUACAGAAAGAGAAAAGAAUAAUAGAAGAAGAAAAGAUAGUUUGUCAAACAAAACAGUGGGAUUUAGACGAAGAAAAAAAUAAUCUCUUCCAUAAAAAUCAUGAAUUGGAGAGGAAAUUAGAAAGAUUCAAGAGGGAAUAUGAGAAACUCAAAGAUGAUAUCAUGAAUGGUUUCACCCACGAAAUGAGGGAACGACUGAAUACGUAUAGACAACAGAAAAAGAAGAAGCCUGUUCUACCUCCUAGUGCUGUUGAUGAACUAACAUCAAGUUCGUUAAGAAACUACACAAUUACGCAACAAAAGUCCUCAACAUUACCAGCACCAGCCCCCUGUUCUAUAAAUACCGAACAAUAUACUAGUGAUUAUUGUGAAUAUGAUAAGGAACCUACACGAGACACAAUCAAAGCCAGGCCUGCACCAGAGAUUAAAAAGAAAAGUCUGGAGAAAUCAGACUCAACCAUAGCACAAUUGGGUUAUCCGUACGACUGCGGUGACAACGGAGAUGAAGAAGAUGAAAUCUACACUGAUUUUCAAAGAACCAACUUGAUGCAUUCAAUGAGUCGAUCAUCCAUCUCAUCACAAGAAUCAAGUUUACCAGAAUAUUUUGAAAUAGAUGAUAUACUUGUUCCUAAUUCACCAGCUAGAAUAUUAAAAGUGUAUGAGAAAGAACAUCCAGUACUAUUAAGUGUUAAUACGUUAAACUCCGUCAAACUAACAUGUAACGGUGAUCAGAUAGAAGUGAUGAAUUUACAAAUAGACGACGCUAAUAUCUCAAUAGGAGACAUCAUCGUACAGAUAAAAUAUCGUGUAAAAGGGGAGGAUAUCGAGCAGGUAUUAAAUGGCAUGACAUUAGACGAGGCUAAUAAGGCUGUACAGAAGUGUAUUGAAUCAAAACCAGAUAUUGUAACCGUGUAUAUUGUACCAGGUGCAAAAUCCAAAAAACAAUUUUUAGACCAGGGUAAAUUUUACAUCAGAACCAAUAUUGAAUAUAAAGGAACGGAAUAUUUACCGUUGGUGGAUGGUGAGGUCGUUUUUGUUCAAGAAAUGAAAGGAAAUGAACAUUGGUAUGCCGUGAAAACUGAUCAGAAGUCAGGUAGAUUGAUGAAAGUUGGUGGCUGUAUUCCAAAUAUGGAAGAAGCUAAGAAGUUAAUGCAACCUAGUUCUAAAUCUGAUUCACAGACUGCAGCAGUACCAAGAGCAGCACCAUUACAAAGAAAUGGCGCUUUCAGGAUGAGAGAUGGUAAACCAGGUUACAGUUCACCUUAUACUGUCGUCAUGCCGAUGAGAGCGUGCACACUUUUGCCGAUUUCGAUUCGAGGACCUGACGUGCUUGUUUCAGCCAUCUUGGAUACCUUGAAGUUAACAGCAUCAGAUUGGGCUAAAGUCAUCAGAAGGAAAAAAUGGUCUGAAAUGAUUCGAGAGGAUAAACAUGUAAUCUUUGGUUCGUCUUUAUCUGUCAGUGAUUGUGACCUUAAUCGAUUUAUCGUUAUUAAUGUUAAAUCAGACAAGAAGAAUCAUCUUGAGAGAAUAUUUGGUAAAGAUAUAAUAAAAAACUUUGAUGUGAGUGACUAUAAAGAUAAUCUGGUAACAGAAAGGAACAGCAAAAACUUGGUUUUUGAUGAGAGUAUUAGUGAUAAAUUGGACAUGUUAAGAGUUUUACAGGAUCAUGUUAAAAGUUUACAGAAUUCUAUCUUCUGGAUCGAUGUUAGUCACAGAUGGUGACGAAGAAAAAAUCACGACGCAUUAUAUCACCGUAAACACCCAUGUAUAACACAUAGUUUUUUCCCACUGGGUAGUCUACCCUGAACUAGGGGUGCGUGUUAUUUAAGGGAAUAAAAAUUUGUAAAUUUUUCCAUCACUUUCAGUGCACAAAAUUCAUGGCGCAUUAUAUUACACAUGUUAAUCAAAUAAAGAACCCUUUUUUUCAAUUCGUGAUAAAUUAAUUCCACCAUUUAUUUGUAAAAGGACAUAUGUAAAUUUGUUUAAAGUACAAUAUGGGUGUCAGUCAUUAUCACAUAGAACUGGUUAAACACAUUCCAAAUAUAAUUUUAACACAGAGAUCAUUGCUACGAUAGAUGCGCAAUGAAGAUUUCAAAAUAUGGAAGUGACCAAAGUAACAUUAAACUUUAACCAGUUCUAUGACAUAUGUGAUAAUGACUGACACCAAUAUUGUCCUUUAAUAUUAAUAACAUAUACAGUGCUGAAUUUACCUAGAGAUUUGCUUUAUUAUUAACCCUAUGUAUCCCGAAGAUGACAAAGACUUCUGGUGACCAAAUUCUGGCCUCUGUUAACCCAAAAUAUAAAUUUCCUACAAGCAAAAUUUUGGAACAGCAUGCCUUUUGGCAGCUAGCUCCUUAAGAUUUAGACAGAACACAGGCCACUGCGUAUAAUAUUUUGACACUGUCAUAAAGCUUUUUUAAACAGUAUGUCACCAUUCUUUGCUUUGUUAAAUUUUCUAACAUUUCAUUUACUGUUCAAAUUAUUUUAAACAUUCAAAUAUUUUUUUAAGUGAAUAAUGUCACCACCCUUAAAUGAACUAGUGGUUCAACGCAUGCAUUUAAGAUCAUAAGAUCUGUCAUUGAGCUUGUACGUGACGAUAGUAGGGUCACCUACCAUACCUGAUAGAUAAUCUCUGGGUUCUCCCUCCCAGUUUAUUGUUAUAAAUAAAUGUUUUGAGGAGUUUAUUACAUUUUUAUUUCUGCCAUUAUCCUGUGUUUUUCCACCAUUAUUUUAUAUAUUUCAUCAAUCAUAACUUUUAAACAUACAUUAUGCAAGAGUUAAAUCUGCCUGUUGCAGGUCUUUCUUUAGGCCUGAAAUGUCUUCUAAAUUAUUAAUUAGACAUUAAUUAACUUAUCCAGACCAUAUUCAACUCUCGAUGUCAACGGAUAUCUCCAAUAUAAAGUAGAUUUUAACAGUUCAGCCAUAUUUUCAUUUAAUUUAAAAAUGGAGAAGCAAGGCUAAGUUUCGAACCAGUACAUUGGUUACAAACAGUGCACACAUCUUGUCUAACCUUCAAAGGCUAAUAUCUUCACUCACAAUGGAAUAAUUUGAAUAUAAUUGUCAAUAUAUUCAUUUUACUUUAUCUAUUUUCGCGGUAUUAUAGCAACAAUGGCUAGCUCUGUGUCUAACUAAAUCUUUCAUAGUGUAUAUUUAAUAAAAUAUUAUUCUAUCACCA